AUGGGUUCCAUCAAUGUCCCAUCUAUCAUUAACCCGUUACAUCCCUCAAUAGUCGAGAGAGUCGAUCCGGUCUUUGCCGAUAUCUACAUGCGCUAUCAAGCACCCAAGCUUCGUGCAGACCAGGUUCCAUACGAGGUUUACAACCGUGAUCGAAGUAAAUAUACCUUUCCGACGGCUAAGGUCUCUGGACCUCUCUUAGACGUAGCCAGCAACAAUAUUCAUAAGGUCUCCGUCCCGGACCCCUCUGGCGAGAUAGAUGUACAGGUAUAUGUACCUACGCAAGACGCCAUCGCUAGCGGUGGACUUGAACGUGAUGGUUUACUCCCUGCGCUCGUAAAUUUUCACGGGGGUGGUUUUGUCAUUGGUGGAUUGGACUCGGACGAAUCCUUAUGUCGAAGUCUCUGCCAAAGAGUUGGCUGCAUCGUACUGAAUGUUGGCUAUCGACUUGCCCCGGAAUAUCCACAUCCAGUUUCCGUCACGGAUAGUUGGGAGGCGCUGAAGUGGACGUUCGAAAACGCGAAGACGUUAAAGAUAGACCCCUCGCGUGUAGCAGUCUCCGGACUCUCGGCCGGGGCAUGCAUCGCUGCCGCUCUAGCACUGAUGGCCCGGGAUGAGCCGAGUUUACCACGUUUAGCCCUGCAGCUACUCAUCGUCCCGGUAGUCGACGCAAGAUUUGUCCCGACGGAGGGCUCAUGCGACCCUACAAAAACACCAUACGAGAGUUACAUCACGUGCGAAUUCGCACCUAUGCUUCCUCUCAACCGCCUCAUCUGGUUCUAUAACCUGUGGCUAGGCACGGGCGAAGAUCGCGCCGAAAAGGCCAACGAUUUCCGCGCUUCCCCGAUUCUUGCGGACUCCCAUGCGAAUCUCGCGCCGGCUAUCAUCCGCUGUGCCGAAAUUGACCCCCUCGUCUCCGAGGGCACUGCGUACCACGAGAAACUGCUGGAAGCUGGCACCCCGAGCAAACUCAAGGUCUACAAGGGGCAAGGACAUCCUUUUGGUCAGUGGGACGGAGUAAGUCCUACGGCCAUGGAGUUCGUCAGCGACUGUGUAAGUGAGCUGAAAGACGCGUUUUCUAAAUAG